AUGAAGCGGCAUAGCUCGCGCGCCUCGAACGGAUCACAUUUUCUUCCGGGAAGGCGCCCCAGGAAGACGAUAAACGCCCGUGUCGGGAGAAGCUGCCAGGGAAAGCGCGAAAGAGAAAUGCGCGGAAAGCAAGUAACAACAGCCGUCGGAUGCACCGCAUCCCACGGCCCGGCUCGCGGCACGUGGGCCAGUCAUUUGGCUAUGGCUGCUGGAUCUCCAAGAGAUGAGGAGAAGCCUCUCCUCCAUUACGUCAGCAGCAUAAAUCUUCCAGAGAUUAUCACUGGACGAGCAAGGCAUCCGCAGAAGGCCGCGGCAAUUCCUUGCUCGGGCCAUGGACGAGUCUUCCUGGACACCAUCCUUGCGGCAAAUGGAGAGCCUUCGUGCGAGUGUAACAGGUGCUUCGCUGGGACAGAUUGCUCGAGCAAGAUCAAAAAUUGCAACGCAAAAGUCGAUAGUGGUGAUCCAAUGUUCUUGGAGCCCUUUUGGGACGCGAAUGCCGAGGCUGGAGCAGUAGUGAUCCCGCCAGUUCACCGGAUGAGCUACCUCACCGAGGCCACGGCGGAGGGGAGGAGGAUCACGCUGGAGCUGGAGAGGCUCAUCCGGCAAGUCCACGAGUUCGUGGGAAAUGCCGUAAUCAAAGACAAGUUCAUCGUGAUUGGGACUGGAUCCAUGGAGCUCAUCAACGCUGCUGUCGCUAGCCUAGCUCCAAUUGCCUCAAACACCCUUCCAAAAUCACCACCAGCGCUCGUCGUGUCACGAGCUCCAUACUACCAGGCGUACCAAAUGCAAACGGAGUUCUUCGCUUCCACACAAUACAUUUGGGGUGGCGAGCCAUCCAUCGCUGCCAAAAAGUUUGCAAACACUGGCUCAACUUUUAUCGAGUUUGUGGCGGCUCCAAACAAUCCGGACGCGAGCAUGAAAGAGCCCGAGCUCAAGUUUAAUGGAUCGUUCACGGUUUUCGAUCGAGCUUACUACUGGCCGCACUACUCUCCCAUUUUCAAGGCCAUGGACGACGAUGUUAUGCUCUUCACUCUCUCCAAGCUCACCGGACACGCAGGAAGCAGGCUCGGCUGGGCGAUUGUCAAGGAUCCAAAAGUUUAUGCUAGACUCUCACAAUAUGUGUUGCUAAACACGAAUGGAGUUUCUCAUGACACACAGCUUCGAGCGUCGCGGCUGCUGAGAGCUGUCCUGGAAGGCUACUCAACUACUGGAGCCAAAACAGGAGUGCGAGAUCCUCAAGUUUAUGCAAAGUCGCAGCAUAUUUUUCACUUUGCACAAUCAGUCAUGAAUUCUCGAUGGCAGAAACUCGAGAAGAUUUUUGCAAGGUCGAUGCAGUUCUCUUUGCAAUAUGUGGAAGCUCAACAGUGUAACUUCUUCAAAGCUAUUAUCUCGCCAUCUCCAGCUUAUGCAUGGGUCAAAUGUGAAGAUCCAGGCUUGAUCAUGAACUCGAGCUGCUUCAACGUUUUCAAGAACGCAGGGAUCAUUGGACGCGCUGGUGGAUAUGGCGAUGAGCGAGAUAAUUCUUACGUUAGAUUUGCACUCCUCAUUGGCAACGAUGACUUUGACAACUUCAUGGAGCAUCUCAACAAAUUUCUCACAGAAUGAUCAACACUUCAUUGAUCUUACAGCCAUACUAUAGAAAUCAUACUUCAACUACUUAUUGAAGUUAGUAUGGCUUGAUUUGCCAAGUUUUCCAACCAUUAAAGACAUAAAUACGAUGUCACUAGUAUGAAUAUCAA